AUGCUGCUCGGGAGCUUUAUGAGCCGAUUUAGAAACUUGCGCUUCGAGUUUUGGCUCUUGCGGUAUAUCCUUGACCCUCCUCAACGAGCCGCAAACGAGCUUCCGCUAUUCCCACUCUCUUCUGACAGCCGAGCAUUGCACGCUGGCGUUCGAGGCGUGCUCGGCGACUUAAGAUUACUCCCGGCCGGCGGGCCCGCCCGAGACUCCGACCCUGAAAAACCCUUCUUUUCCUCGGUGACGCCACGCUUUUCCACGCUCCCGAGCGACUCGACCCUCGAGACCCCUUCUGAACCCAAACUGCUUCCACAAUCCUCGUGCGCAUGCCCUUCCAUGACCGUCGGAAGCCCGGUGGCGGCCCAUUCGUCGAGCCUCCCGAGCUCUCCCGACUUGGCUAUCGCGUGGUCGUGGGAAAAGCUACUAUUCCCCAUGUGGAUGCUGAAAAGGGACUCGUUCGAGGCUGCGCUCCAGUCCGCCGGGUUCACGGGCCGGGCCGAGAAUAUCGAGGCCGGGAUUCGGUUCGGGUCGUACCCGACGGGCCCGUCUGGGCCUGCCCAGUAG